UCUAGGGGACUUCGGGAAAUACCAGGCAUGGCAGUUUACAUUACACAUUCUAUCGGCUAUCACAGCAGGUCUAAACAUGCUUUCUUUGGUUACGGUAGCCGCAGUACCAGAACAUAGGUGUGAAAUCUUGGAGCACGACGUGAACAAAACAUACACACAACUAAACGAGACAAGUUUGGGUGUGCACAUUCCACGUCUUCAAUCUGGAAGGUUUGACAGCUGUUCACUGAUAAACACCACUACAAAUGCCACGUACAAAUGCGACUCAUGGGUGUUUGAUCACACCUAUUACGGAUCUUCCAGAGCAAUAGAAUGGGAGUUUGUCUGCGACCAAAGAUGGAUGGGAGCUGUCGCGCAAUCAGCGUAUAUGUUUGGUGUCUUCACAGGAGCGGUAUGGUUAGGAAAUCUUGCGGACAAAGUGGGAAGGAAGCCAGUAUUUUGCUGGUCUGCUGUACUUCAGGUGAUUCUUGGAGUUGGCGUUGCUUUCACACCAGAAUACAUAUCGUUCCUGAUUAUCAGGUACCUAUACGGAAUCUUUGGAUCUGCAGGAAGCUAUAUUCCAGGUUUCGUUUUGACAAUGGAGUUGGUGGGUCCUAGUAAACGAUCCAUGUGUGGAGUUGCUUUUCAAGCAGCAUUUGCUCUGGGAAUCAUGCUGGUAGCAGGUUGGGGAUCCAUAAUCAAAGACAGGCAGUUAUUGCAAAUUAUCUACGGAUGUCACGCAUUGGUACUUUGUGGACAUUUUUGGCUGAUGGACGAGUCACCACGAUGGCUUUGGGCAAAUGGUCGUACGACAGAAGCAGUGCGUAUCAUCAGCCGUGCGUUGAAGAUGAACAAGAGUUCAGUGACAAUUACUCCCGAGGAUUACACUGGCAAAGCGGCCAAAGAGCAGCGUACAAAGAAUGACCAAGCGGGAGUGUUGGAUCUCUUCAAAACGCCAAACCUCAGGAACAAGACCUUGAAUAUCAUGUUGUGCUGGUUUGCAAAUUCCCUAGUAUACUAUGGUCUGUCGUUGAGUACCGGAAGCAUGAAGGGCAAUCCGUAUUUGGUGCUGUUUGUCAUGGGAUUGGUAGAAUUGCCCAGUUAUGUGGUGACGGUUUAUCUUAUGGACAGGCUUGGAAGAAGAUCCUUAACAUCGUUCGAAAUGAUAGCUGGCGGCAUUUGUUGCAUCAUUGCUGCCAAUCUUGCAGAAGGUCCAGUUUCAACAGGCUUUGUUUUUGCCGGAAAGUUUUUAAUAGCCAGUUCAUUCGCAAUUGUUUACAACUAUUCUGCUGAAUUGUUCCCAACUGUCAUCAGAAACUCUGCCAUGGGUCUAGGUGCGAUGUGCGCCAGAACGUCAGGCGCUCUCACACCUUUGAUUACACUUCUGGACUCUUUCGAUCCGAAGAUGCCUGCGAUAAUAUUCGCAGUGAUAGCCCUUAUUUCUGGGUUCUUGGUUACCUUUCUUCCGGAGACUUUGGAUAAAGCGAUGCCACAAACUAUCGAGGACGGUGAAAAGUUUGGAGCUGGAGAUACCUGCUUCACAGCAAUAUGUGCGAAAGGGGCCACGGCGGAUGACGAGGAUGAAAACCAGAAGACCGAAAUGGAAGAACAACCACUGAAAAGCUAGUACAGUGCAAGUAAAAUAACGUUUACUCAAAAUUCAUUUCUUCAAACGAGUUGAAGAAUAUAGGCUUGUUGGCAGAUAUUUGUCUUUCCUAGUAUAAUGAAGGCGGAAAAUAAAUCUAAAUUUACAUUUAUUAAACCGCAGAUUAUGGAUGUCCACGACAGAUGGCAAUUUAUUGGAGCUAUAUAAUACAAAAUGCUGCAAGUUUCUAUAAUAAAGAAUCCUGCAGGGCUACCAUAUAUACAUAGGUACAUGCUGCUGGGAAUCUGUUUAUCUCAAAUAACUUUUUAACGAUAUUGGCCGGGUCAGCACUGUGGCAACUUUUGUUUCUCCGACCACGGACAGCGCCAACCAGUCAGGAAGUGGCAUCAUAACUUCCUUAUUUUUAACUUAAUAGAAGCAAUUUUAUGAAUCACAACAUUUUUAUUUGUUUUGUAUAAUAUAGGCUCAUUCGUAAAGUCUUGUUUUAUAAGUUUUAUAUAGAUAGGUGACGUUCCCCACUCUCGGUACACAGAGUAAACCGAUUUCUGGCGUUUGUCAUGACUCUUUCCAGAAUUUCAUCUCGGAUGUUGGACUUCAAAUCUUGCAGGUUCCUUGGAUGGUUCACAUAAACAUGGGAUUUCAAAAAAAAAACACAAAUUACAAGGAGCCUAAUCGGGAGAGCGGGCCGGCCACUACAAAUCGCGCCUAAUUGAGAUGAGGCGUUCUGGGAAAUAUUCUCUCAAAACAGCCAUUAUGCUCUUGAAGUGUGUUGGAACCAAAUGUCCCCUGAGUCCAACUAAUUGAGCUAUUGAAAAAAAUCUCUGUAACAUGUUUACAUACCGGUCCGAAUCCCGAAUCCACUGUUACUGCGACUUCAUUUUCCUCAAAUAACCAGGGACUUGAGGAAAUUGCACAACACUUUAGGUAGUCUUUGAUGCAAUUCUCGAGGAUUAGUGUCAGUCCAGUAGUGCAUGUUUUGUUUGUUGACGGAUCCACAAAAAUCCAUACGUUCAUCCGAGAAUUGAAGUCACGUUCAGAAAGUUCCUGCGCAAUUGCCAUUUUGUAAGGAUGGAAAUGAAGAUGAUUAAGAACCAGACCAGAACUGGAAAGUCCAAGUGCUGCCGCAUGUUUGCGCGCAGAACGCCGUGGCGACAGCGACAUUGAACCUCUUACUGCAUCAACAUUUUCAGAGGAUCUAAUGGGGCGGGGGAUUCCAGUUAUUCGUCUUGUCGCACUUGCUGUGUGUCUGAACGUAGUGAUUCACGUAACAAGUGUGAUUCCGAAAGGCGCGAUGGGCUGCGAUCAUAGAACAUCCGCUCGAAAAGUAGGCCUCAACAGCAAAAGCACGCUCCUCCCUGUUCCAACCCAUGGUGGCGACUGAACUGUGUCGGGACAAAACUUUAUAGUCCCGCCUCUCGAACGAGACAACUAAACGCUCCGCUACAUCAACCGACUGAAUGGUGCUCAUUUAAAAAAAAAGUUAUGCUGCAGCACCCUGUAUAUUACUAGUUUGAUCUAUGGCGAGUAGACCGUAUUACUAUAGCACCAGAAAGGCGGCAUCAAGCGGCCACAUUUGUGUCCAGACUUUUGUAGCGGCCGAUUCUAACAGUAGAUGGCACUUUGUGUUAUAUUAUUUCGAGUUCUAUCAAUGUUGCUAUUGGAUACACUAUAUCGUAAUUCUGACAAUAAAAUCAUAAUUAGCGACCAGAAAAACUUUAUUGAUUUUCAGAUCGCUUAAUCUAGUUUUAGGUUUCUAUCGAUUUUUUGAGGAUCGUCUCCAGUAUAAAUCAAUGGGAGGCGCACUGAAGCAAUACUGUUUUUCUCAAAAACAACUAAUCUUAUCGAAAUUGAGCGAGUCUACUUGUUUUACUACCCAGGACUACUGACAUGGAAGUAUUAUAAUUAAGAAAAUUUUCGAAAAUGAGAUGUUUUUUCGAUGUCGAAAACCACGAAAAACCAUGUCACUCAUUCCCGUCGGGCUGUUUGUCCGCUAAUUUUAUAACCUGAGAAGUACCGCGCGGAUUUAUAGUUUUUGAAAAUCGGUCCAGUGACGGCAGAGAAAAAGGCCAAAAAUGAAAAAGAAUAAAAAUCGUCCAUUCUGUUUUGACAUUUCAGAGGAUCCUGAUUUCUGAAAAAAGUUUAGACGUUAAAAAAAAUUGGUGGUGGAGGUUAUAGGGAGGUAGUGAUUUUUUGAUGUUAUAACGCUCCCCAAAUUCUUCCCUUAAAACCGAAACGACAUCGAGCGAGAAGAUUAUCAGCAGGCAUACACCUACCGGCCUCGGCUGCUGCUUGGUCAAUGUUGCCUUAUUCUGAUAUGAUAUUACACGUAUUUCUGCCGCUCCACAGCAUAGUGUUUCAUAUGCUCUGAAAAAUGUCUAUGGACUAAUUGUAUGGACCUGUUUGACUCACUCUUUUUCUCAGAGGUUCUAGUUUGUGCUGAACAUAAUACUUUAUGAACUGAUAAAGGCGUUGCAUGGAAAGUGCAGAGUCAACCUACUUGACGCCAUUUUUGUGAUAUAGAAUUAGGCAAACCAGCAAUAUUGCGUUAAGGCGCGAUCUAAAUCAACUGACUUUCUUCCAUGGAGAUCCUCUUGUGAGGCAUCACCUAUGCUGUCAAAAUUUCGUUGAAUUAUACACGUUUUACAGUUAGCAAGAGCAAGAGAAAUGUUGAUCAGAUGCAUGUGCACUAACAAAACAGAUGACUAUUCUAGUCAUUUUCUUGCAACUGCCGGGGUUUUACAUAAAAAUCAGUUGGAUAGCUUUUGGAUAUUAAAGCCGUGUCCUGAAGGGUAAAAAAUAAAAAACAAAGUUUUUGGUUAGAAAUCUGAUAGAGAAUAUUUCAUUAGUUUAUAUGGACCAACCUUGCUCAUUUGAAUCCAGAAAACAGGCCCGGCUUGCAACUGCAAAUGAUUGGAUGCAAUUGUCUUGCACAUAAAUCAAUGCCGUCUUUCAACUGCAAGAGCUUGCAUGCAAUGACAUGUAAAACGUUUUCUGCAUAAUUCCGUCCAUUUAUUUUCAGUAUCGUGCUUUCGGGUGCCUGCAGUCCAUAGGGGAACACGGUACGACAUUUGUUUUAUACACUUUUUUGGUAUUAUUUUUGUAUUUUCCUAGAGAUUGCCAUCUGAGUCUGCGACACCUUGUAAAAGAACAUGGUGGUAGUUUUACAGAUAUACAUGUUGUGCUGCGGUUGUUAUUUUAGGUUUUUGCAAAAAUUUAAAAUUCUGCUUGCGAAACAGAUUUUAAAAAAAAUCACCAGGUACUUACUCUUAAUUUCUGCUCAAAUCGCAGGUCAACAGUGGCUCCUUUUUUUGGCCUGUCUUUGCGAAAGUACUGUUUUGCGAAUGAGUUCGUUACUGAUAGGAAUAGAUUUAUGCCUUUUGGCUAGUAUAUUUGAAGACUGUGUGUUCAGAUGCUGCCUUGGAAAAAUACAAUUUUGUAUAUUGUUUUACAAGAUUGUAGAAUAUAUAUUUUAUAGAAAUGUACUUCUUUCUAGCAAUUAGAAUAAUUGUAAAUAGAAACGUGAUGUAAAUGAAUAUUUUACAGAUUAAGAUAAUAACUAAAA